AUGGCUGUGACUAAUUUCAAGGUCAUCAUUGUUGGCGGUGGUCCAGUAGGACUGACGGCCGCGCACGCUCUGCACAAAGCAGGCAUAGAUUUCACCGUUCUCGAGCGCAGCAAUGAAAUCGCUAUGGAUGUUGGUGCUAGCAUCGCUCUGGGAUCUGCCACUCUGCGAGUCCUUCAUCAGCUUGGCUUGCUGGAUCAACUGUGGGACCUCGGCGGAGAGAUAGCUUUCCAAAAGAAAUUCACCAUAGAUGGCUACAAUUUCAAGAGCGGCGACUGGUUAUAUGUCAAACCCAAUAUUUUGACAAGGAAGAAGGUUUCGGACAUCCAAUCGGGAGAGAAAAAAGCCAAAGUUGUCUGCGACGAUGGAAGCAUAUAUGAAGGAGACUUGGUCCUUGGCGCCGAUGGCGUGCAUAGCCAAACUCGCAAGAUUAUGAGAAAACUCGCUCUGGAAGCAGACCCCAAUGUCAAUUGGGACCCUGAAGCCCCUUUUACGGCGACUUAUAGAUGCAUGUGGGCGAGUUUUAAGAGACCAACAGCCGUGGGAGACGCAGCUGAAACUCAGCACAAGGAUUCUUCUAUCAUGUAUUUGGUGGGCAAGGAGCGUGGCUGGAUAUUCCUUUAUGAAAAGCUACCACAGCCCACCAAAGAACGCACGUCAUAUACCUCUGAAGAUGUUGAAGCAAUGGGCAACCGAUUUGCCGAGUAUCCCAUUUGGGACAACCUCAAAGUGAAAGAUGUGUUCCCCGAUCGGAUGACGGGCGGCAUGUCGGAUCUCCAAGAAGGCAUCUGCAACAACUGGGGUUGGGGUCGUAUCGUGCUUGCGGGAGAUGCCAUCCAUAAGGUAUGCCCUAAUGCCGGCCUGGGCUAUCAAACCGGAGUCCAAGAUGUGGUAUCGCUGGUCAACAUUUUGAGACAGUUGGUCGUUCCUUCGGAGCCCUCAAUGGGCCUCAGUGUCUCUGCCCUGGAAGCCGUGUACAAGAGCUACCAAAGUCAACGAUGGGAUCCUCUGUCUCAUGAUGCACUUAUAUCUGGGCACGUUACACGCAUACAUGCCUGGGCUAAUGUGUGGUACUACUUGUUGGGUCGUAUCGUGCUGGUACCACACUUUAUGGAUUAUCUCAUGAAUGACUGGUUGCAAGCACCGGCCACGAGCAAAGCGCUAGCUUUCAACUUUUUAGAUGCCGAAGAACCAUUUGAAGGACAAGUUCCCUGGGUGCACCCGCUAAAGAAUAUUUAUUAA